GAUGUCCGGCCGAUGGUCGGCCGGACAUCGGGGGGUAUACGGCCGGUACCCGAGCAGGUUAAAGGACACCGUGCGAUCACCGGCCGGGUUGUUAACGGGCUUCGAACACUGCCCGGCCGAUGUUCGGCCGGUGUACCUCGGACUUGGGGGGCCGAUGGUCAGCUAUUCCAUACCUGUAUAUAUAUGUCCACCCUACCUGGAAUGGUCAGUUCAUCACUAUGGCUGCACCGAGAAGACUACGAAUGGCGUUGUUAGAACACGAGCUAGCUCAGGCGAGGUUCCAGUACAACUUGGUCCUGGCAGCACUGCUCGAAGAAGCCGAGAGGGAGCGACAGAGGGCCGGCAGAAGAAUAAGACGUUGGUGGGUGCGCGAGUGGAUCCUACGCAGACCUCGUUUCGGCCAGUAUGAGACGCUCAUGAGGGAACUCGAGGCCGAGCACGCUGCCGACUUCAAAUCCUACCUCCGCAUGGUGCCACAGAUGUUCUAUGAGUUGCUUGACCGAGUUGGCCCCCGCAUUGCCAAGACCACAACGCAUCGAACCCCCUUGGAUCCUGGGCUGAAGCUGGCGAUCACCUUGAGGUUCUUGGCGACCGGAAGCAGCUAUCAUGAUCUGGCGUUCGCGUUUCGUGUCCCACACAACACCAUCUCUCUGUUCGUCCCCGAGGUCUGUCAGGCCAUCUACGACGAAUACGAGGACGAGAUGUGGGCCACUCCCCAGACAGAAGAUGAGUGGCGCCCGGUAGCCGAGGGAUUCGGAGACAGAUGGAACUUUCCCCACUGUUGUGGCGCGAUCGAUGGGAAACAUGUCGCCAUCAAGAAGCCCCCAAGAGCGGCUCACUUUACUACAACUACAAAGGCUUCUUUUCCAUCGUCAUGCUUGCAGUGGUAAACUCUGACUACAAGUUCAUCUGGGCGGAUGUGGGGUCACCAGGGUCGUAUUCCGACGCCGGCAU